AUGUUGGACAUAUUCUCAGACUUCUGCCCUAAAGUUCAACGUAUGUUGAACCUUGUUCCUGAUGGUGAGGUAUGCGAAUGGAAACUUCGUGUCCACAGUCCUCUCCCAACUUGGGUCCGAGGAUCCAUUGCAUUAGUCGGAGAUGCCUGCCAUCCAACUCUUCCUCAUUUAGCUCAGGGUGCCGCUCAAGCAAUUGCAGAUGCUGCCGUAUUAGGUGCGGUGUUUUCCAAAUGUCCUUCAAACAGCCCAUCAGAUAUCAACAAAUCUUUACUCGUUUAUGAGAGCGUCAGAAAAGAACGAGCCGAGACCCUUGUUGAGCUGGCUGCACAAUCCGGUCGAGCCUUACGUUUAGGCGAUGGAGCUGCGAAGGCAGAGAGAGAUAAGUAA